UCCUCUUUGUAUGCGUGGCGAUUGGGAUGGCUAGGAGCCGGAGCCGGUUCACUUCAUCGAUGGCACUGCAAACGCUUCCCCCGGCUUGUCUGGCUGCACACCACGAUGGCCGUUUUACAGAGGAAAAUAUGUUGGAAAAUUAAACGUUAGGUUGGUCGUUGCUCGUGCCUAUAAACUGUACCAGUGAGCCAUUCCUUAGUGCACCGCUACCCAUACACAGAGCUUUAGGGCCUUGGAUCCAUCACACAGCUGACAGCUCGUUCCCGUGGCCAUGUCGUCGUCGCUCGUCCACCUGGAACUUGGCCUCCCGGAGCGGCUCGGCUACGUGCAAUGCAAGUUCUGCACCACCACUUUGCUGGUGAGCGUGCCGUGCAGCAACCUGCUGAAGAUGGUGGCCGUGCAGUGCGGCCGCUGCGCCGGCGUCCUCUCCGUCAGCGUGGCUUCUCCACCGUCGUCGCCGACGCCGGCACCGCCGUCUGUCGAGCUGCCUCUGCAGGAGCUGGGCGUUGAUCCGCCGCCGAGGGAGUGGUCGGACGAGAGCACCGGAGACGAGGAAGGCGACGGCGAGGGAGAGGCUGCGGAGAGCAAUGCUGCCGCUACCGUCAACAAACCACCAGUGAGGAAGCAGCGGACGCCGUCUGCUUACAACUGUUUCAUCAAGGAAGAGAUAAAGAGGAUCAAAGCUUUGGAGCCUAACAUCACUCACAAAGAAGCAUUCAGCACAGCUGCUAAGAACUGGGCUCACUUGCCCAGAAUCCAGCACAGGGGGAACUGAGGGAUCUGCUGUUGGUGACACAUGCAAACUGCAAAAUGGGAGGAGGCCAAAUUGAUGGGCAUGCAAAUAAGGUAGCCAGGUCCAGGAAGUAUCCAAUUUGUAGCUUCAUAGAUAGCUUGUAUUGUAUCGAUGGGAAGUUCUGAUGAUGCCCAUCACAACCAAGUGGUGAGUGAAACCCUCUUCGUGUGAUAAAUGCUGAGUGGCUUGCUCCUGUGCCACAAAUAGCAAACUCUACAUCAGUUGCAGUAUUGUGUGACAGAACAAAACUAGGAGUUAACUAACCUGAUGAAUCCAGUAUAGUUUGUCAACACUGCUGUCGAAACAGGAAGGGAAGUUUUACGCAAUUUCAUGGAAA